AUGCUGGGUUUUUCUCGUUUUGCCGGUCCUGCUAUUCGCCAAUUUUCUACGACAAAUCCGGCCGCUGCCGGUGCAAUCGCAGUUUCUGAAGUACACAAAAAUGUGUUUCACGUCAAAUUGAACCGUCCCGAAAAGAGGAAUACGUUCACUUAUGAGCUCUGGCAGUGAGUUUAAGGCUAUUAAAAUAUCAAAAUUGAAAUUUUAACAAAUUCUGGGUUUUUUUUUAUGAAACAAGGGUAGAGAACCGGUAUUUCUUCCUAGUGUAUUUUUUUGUUCUCUUUAGUUAUUAUUAUUUUUUAGUCAUUUUCAUUCAAUUUUCUCGAAGUUGAAAAAUCAUUUUUUAGGAAAGUAUUACAGUUUAAUGAUUUUGAAAUCGAAAAAGCGAAAUGCAUCAUGAAUUGCUGAGAAAUAAAGGAAUAAAUGCCAAAAUUGGGUUCUGUAGCGAAAUAGUGUAUAUCAAAAAGCAUAAAACAAGGAUUUGCUCAAUUUUUUUUUGUUCUGGAGUUUCCAUUACAUUCCCUGUUUUAAUGGAUUUUUUUAUCCAAGGCAAACGUAUUCUAUUUAUUUUCAUGGCGUAAUAAUAUCUAAAGUUUGUUAUAAAGUAUUUUUUUAGUUGUUUUUAAGAUUCGAUGAAUUUUUCAUUCUGGUUUAUUGACUUGAAAUUCCCUGAAAUUGUCCCAGAAAGUACCUUGGUGUACCAAAAAAAAAAUUCUGGAAGUCUUUAACUUUGCAACUUUUUUUAAUGGACAUACUAAAUCCAAAAAUACCAUCAGAAUGCGGGAAAAUAGGCUUUGUUUAGGCUUUGAGCCUUCAAUAUUCGAAAACUGGGAAGUUGUUUAGGUUGGGAUUUUCAGAAUCGUCUUCUGGUACAUCAAGAAGUUAUCUGGCGAAUUUUAGAAAAAUUCCACCCAAAAAGAAAAAUAACCUUCCUUGUAAGAUCUCUGCGCCUUCAAAUUCUCCAAUUUUUGCGAAUGAUUCUAGGAAAAACUCUAGUGACCACUUAAGAGGUUCCUCUAAGACUGGAAAGGACACUUAAGCGGCCACUAAAACUACCUUUAUUCAAGCUGGCAUCUUUGUGGCCACUAUAGUAGUUUUUUUGGUCUAAUAGUAAAACUUAGACUCCUAAAGAGGCCACUAAGUUUUUGACAUUUAAGUGGCCACUAAAAAAUUUCCCGUAGAACCAACCAUAAAGCCAAAGGUGGUCCCUAUGGGGUUCGAUUGAUUCGACUACCAUAGUGGUUUCUAAAACGUGAAAACCCUAAAGAAUCCUCUAACAAUAUUUCCCAGUUAUUCUCUACUCUAGUGGCGACUUUUGAAGUUCCCCAUGGACUACUUGGAGAGGACACUAAAGUGACCACUAAAACAAUCUCUUUAGAAGCCACUUUAAAACGUCUUAGUGACCACUACAGUAGUUUUUAGGGAUCUAGUACUACUACUUGAACUUCUAAAGAGGCCACUAAAACUUCAAAACCCUAAAGUGUUCAUGAAAAAUUUUUCCAGUAACCGCCUCUGAAGUCCUAACCUGUAGUUGAUCAAGUUGAAAGCGAGACCUUACGGUCUUUUCUCAAACCCUAAAGAGGCCACUAAAACUGUUCAACCUCUAGAGAGAUGAAAACGGUGUUCGACGGCCUGGCCGAGAACCCGAAAUGCCGGUCGAUCGUCAUUUCCGGCGAGGGCAAGUCCUUCUGCGCCGGAAUCGACCUCAAAGCCGGAAUGGGUGUGAGAUUUCGGUCAUUCUGAUCAAAAUUCAUGAUUUUGAUGAUUUCCAGGAAAUCAUCAAGAUCAUCCAAGACGACUUGGAUGUCGGACGGAAAGGCAGGGGCAUCCGAAGAAUUAUCACUGUUUGUCAGGAUGGAUUCACUGCUAUCCAGGUUUCACAAAAGAGAAAGUUUUUAGGAAGGUGCUGAUAAGUGGUCAUCCGAGUUUUCUUCAAAAACAUUAUUGACUUUUUCAUGGAUUUCAAAGAUUUAUAUUGUAUAGCUGAUUCACGGCUGGCUUGAGCCAUCGAGAAAAGGGUCCUGCCACGAAAAGAGACGAGACAGUGCCCUGGUUGGUGGAGAGUGCAGACAGGCCACGCCUUUUUGCGUCCCAAGCUAGCCGUGAAUCGUCUAUACUUAGGAACUCCAGAGUGGUCCUUAUAGGGGUUUUAGAUAGUGGCGACUAUAGGGGACAUGCUAGUCUAUAAUCGCUAUGAACUCUAAGCGAAGAAGCUUUUCCAACACGGAAUGAAUAAGCGUUUUUAAAUGAAACCCCUACAGGGACCACUUUUUCGGCCCUUAUUUGGGUUUUUCCCCUAACCCAUAUAGUGACCACUCUGGAAUUUUCUAGUAUUCUAAUUUCAGCUUCAGAAACACUUUUUUCUUUUAAAAUAGGAAAUUUUUUUUUUUCUCAAUUGUAGUUCUGUAAGUCUGUGGAGAAUUUGUUCGAAAAAAGUUUUGAAAAUUUUUUCGGCAUGUCGGAAGAUUAAAAUGUGGCCAAUAACGUUAGAAAGCUUGAAGAUUAUUGAAAAAUCGCGGAGAGCAAGACUAUUUUUGAGUAAUUUUUGAACAGGAGAAGCUUGAAAAACAUUGAUUUUUUGAUUUUUCUACGAAAGCCUUACCAGGGAACGUUUUUUACCCCCCGGUUGAACUUUUGCUGAAACUUUGCUGAAGUGUACUUUAGGACCCCCUGAUUGCAGAUCAAGAAGAAAAUUUCUCGCAAUAGAUCUUGUUUCCGAGUUAUGAAGCUUCAAAGUGUGCAAAAUACGCUAAUUAGGCCAAAAAAGCGCGAUUUCGGGCUUUUGAAGUGUCCUAACUCGAAAACGAGAUCUAUUGCGAAGAAUUUUCUUCCUGUUCUGGAAUCAGGGGGUCCUAAAGUACACUUCGGCAAAGUUUCAGCAAAAGUUCAACAGGGGGUAAAAAACGUUCCCUAGUUAGCAAAAAAAAAAUUCAAAAAAAAAAAUAUAUAUAGUCCUUUUUUCUUCUACACCACCGCUUUUAUUUUUCUCUAAUAAGCUUAUUUCUUUAUUUUUUUAUAAACAUUCUAGUGAGCUUUAGACAGCAGGUAUAUGACGUGAUAAUGAUCAAAAAAAAAUAUUUUUUAGGAAAAUAUAUUUCAAUUUUUUUAGUGGAAGAGCUUUAAGGUUUUUGUGUUGAGAAAUUCGUUAUCAUCAGUUUUUUUCGGUUUUUUUGGGCUCUUUCUUAAAUUUUUCAUCGCAAGAGCUUUUUCGGGCCGUUUUCGGGAAAUAUUUCACCAUUCGGAAAUUUUUCCACAUCGAAGGCAAUAGGAAUAUGUCCUUGAAUUCAUGGAAGUAAUAAAAAAAAUCUUUCUUUACUUGAAUUUUAUUUUUUCUCUCCAGAAAUGCCCAAAACCGGUGAUCGCGGCGGUUCAUUCGCACUGUAUCGGCGCCGGUGUCGAUUUAAUAACCGCCUGUGAUAUUCGCUACGCCAGCAGCGACGCUAUUUUCAAUAUUAAGGUACAGUUUCAGUCGGAGUUUUUUGAAAGAUUGUGAAUUUUGAUUUUUUUUUUUUUGAGAUCUGUCGGGUCCCAUCAUGUUUCUCUUGUAGAUCAUUACUAAAACGAGGUUUUUCCGUUUUUUUCUUUUGGGAAGUUUAGCUCCGACCCUUUUCAAGAAAAAAAUCUUCUUGAAGUAAUUUGAGCUUUUUUUGAACCAAACUUUGCCGUCAAAAAUCGAAAAAAAGCUCACGGAAAGUGGAAAUGAUUGCUGUUUUAGGCCAACUUCAAAAUAUUUUUUUGUUUUUUUGAAAAUUUAUUUGAGUAGUCUUUUUCGAUUCAAAAAUUCUUUCUUCCACUUUUUUUGCGGUGUACUCUUCUCAGUAGUAACAAGAUAGGUACCAAAAAAAAAAAUUCGCGGAAGGAAUUUUCGAAAAUUUAGCUCGAAUUUUAAUUUUUUCGGAAUAGUCCGUGCUUAGAAAUCCUCACAAUAAAGGUGAUUUCAAUUUUUGAUUGGGAUUUUCCUGAAAAUUGGUCGGGAAAUUUCUUGAUGUACCAGAUGGAGGUUCUGAAAGUCUCAACCUGUGAAACUUUCUAGUUUUUGAAAAAAAGUGCCUCAAAGUCGAGAAAAACAAAAAUAAAACAAUUCAUUAAAAUUGGCUAUUUUUGGGACUUUGCGCCCUCAUUUCUCAAAAACUAGGAAGCUGUACAGCUUGAGACUUUCAGAACCUUAUCCUAGUACGUCAAGAAGUUUUCUGACCAAGUUUCAGGAAAUUAGCAAUCCGCCAAGUAAAUUAUCAAUCCAUUACUAAACCCCAAUAAAGUCGAAAUGAAACAGGAAGUUGACAUUGGCAUGGCGGCCGACGUCGGAACCCUGAACCGGACCGAAAAAGUCGAUUAAAAAACUCUUCUUUAUACAUUUUUUUUUAAAAACCAGAUGGUAACCAAAAAAAACCCCGAAAGAAACUUUAGUGACAUUAACGCAACAAGAAUUUCAAUUUUCCGUAGUACUCCGUGUUUAGAAGUCCUCACAAAAAAGGAAUUUCACUUUUUGAUUGGGAUUCUCCUGAAAAUUGGCCGGUAUAUUUCUUGAUGUACCAGAAGACGAUUCUCAUAGUCUAGACCUGCGAAAAUUUCUAGUUUUUGGAAAAAAAGUACCUCAAAGUCGAGAAAAAAAACCAAAAAAUUCGUCAAAAUGAGCAUUUUGUGGCCCUUAUUUCUCAAAAAUCAGAAAGUUGUACAGCUUGAGACUUUCAGAAUUUUCUUUUAGUAACUCAAGAAGUUUUCUGUCCAAGUUUCAGGACUUUCGCAAUCUGCGUAGUAAUAUAUCAAUCCAUUACUAAACCCUAAUAAAGUCGAAAUGAAACAGGAAGUUGACAUUGGCAUGGCGGCCGACGUCGGAACCCUGAACCGAAUCGAGAAAGUCGUCGGAAACUCGAGUUGGGUUCGCGAGAUCGCCUUCACUUCGAGGGAUGUCCCCGCCCACGAGGCUCUGAAACAUGGUUUUUUGAACAUCUCCAGACUUUUAAUGUAAAGUUUAUUCAGGACUUGUAUCAAAGGUUUUCGAUAGUCAGUCUGAAUUAUUAGAGGCUUCGCUGGAAGUGGCCCGGAAAAUCGCCGGAAAAAGUCCCAUCGGGGUUCAAGGAACCAAAGAGGUGAAGAGGGAGAAAAUUAUAAGACCAGAGUGGUCCCUAGAGGGGUCCUCGAAGGUUCUACUCUAGAGAUCACUUUACCUCUUUCUUUAGGGACCGCUAAAUCUUGCAAAAGAGGCCACUCUAGGGUUUUUUUUUGUUUUGAUCUCCAAGCCCUAUAGGGUACACUUUUUCGUCCCCUGUGAAGGCGGUUUUUUUUCCUUUGACCCUAUAGGGACCACUUGAGCUUUGGAAGCUGAGGGGUCAGAUUCUCAAUCUCUAUAUGGACCACCCAUUUUAGCCUUUUAGUCCCCUAUAGGGGCUGUUUUAUCCCUAACCCCUAUAGGGACCCCUUGAGCUCUAGGAGCUAAGAAGUCAGAUCCUCAAACCACCUGAGUUUUAGCCCUAUGGGGAUCACUUUUAUGUUCCCUGUAAGGGAUGUUUUUCUCUAACCUCUCUGGGGACCACUUGAGCUUCAGAAGCUAAAAAGUCAGACCCUCAAUCUAUAGGGACCACCUGAUUUUAGCCCUAUAGGGUCCACUUUUUUGUCUCCUUUAGGGGCUGUUUUAUCUGAUUCCUAUAAAGACCACUUCAGCUUUAGGAGUUGGUAAGUCAGAUCCUCAAUCCUUAUAGGGACCAUCUAAGUAUUAUCCCCUAUAGGGUCCAUUUUUUCGUACCCAGUAAAGGCGGUUUUUUCCCUAACCCCUGUAGGGACCACUUGAGCUCUAGGAGCUAAGAAGUCAGGUCCUCAAACCCUAUAGGGACCACCUAAGUUGUAGCCCUAUAGGGUCCACUUUUUUGUCCCCUGUGAGGCCUUUUUUUUUCUUUUCCCUAUAGUGACCACUUGAGCUUCAGAAGCUUAAAAGUCAGAUCCUCAAACCCUAUAGGGAUCACCUAAAUCUUAGCCCUGUAGGGUCCACUUUUUCGUCCCCUGUAAGGGUUUUUUUCUCUUGUCCCUAUAGGGACCACUUGAGCUUCAGAAGCUAAAAAGUCAGAUCCUCAAACCCUAUAGGGACCACCUGAUUUUAGCCUUAUAGGGUCCAAAUUUUCGCCCCCUUUAAGGGCUGUUUUCUCUGAUUCCUAUAGGGACCACCUAAGUUUAAGCCCUAUAAGAAGCACUUUUUGUCCCCUGUGACGGCUUUUUUUUUCCCUAUAGGGGCCACUUGAGCUUCAAAAGCUAAAAAGUCAGAUCCUCAAACCCUAUAGGGACCACCUGAUUUUAGCCCUAUAGGGUCCAUUUUUCCGUACCCAGUAAAGGCGGUUUUUUCCCUAACCCCUGUAGGGACCACUUGAGCUCUAGGAGCUAAGAAGUCAGGUCCUCAAACCCUAUAGGGACCACCUAAGUUGUAGCCCUAUAGGGUCCACUUUUUUGUCCCCUCGGUAGGCUUUUUUUCUUUUAAUCCCUCUAGGGACCACUCUGGCGCUUUCAAAAAUGUUGAAAAGCCCUAAAAAAAAUCCUGAAAAAAGUCAAAAAAUCCUAGAAAGUCGACAGUAAAUAAAAAUUCGGCUAAAUUUCACUUUUUUUUGAUUUUUUUUUUAUUUUUCCAAACUCUUUUUAUGCAAACUUGACGGAAAAAAUGAACCUAUUAUGGCUUUUUUCCGAUUUUUUCUUGGAAAAUCAUCAUAAUUUUCGUUGUAGGUGCUGAACCACGCCCGCGACCAUACUACAGACGAAUCGCUGAACUUUGUGAAAACCUGGAACAUGAGCCAAAUAUUGUCGACGGACCUCGUCGAGGGCGCCAUGGCCUCCAUGUCGAAACAGAAAGCCGAAUUUAAAGAUGUUUAA